AUGGCACCGCAGACGAUCCUCGGCCACUCAUUUUUCUCUCCAAAGGAUGUCCAUCUCGCCAGCCUGGUCCCCAACAUCAAAGACAUCGACCUCGACGCGCUAGAAAGCGUCAUCCCUUUACAAGAUGCCGAUUUCACCAUCAAGGAGAUCGAUGACUUCACGAGCGUGUUCGGCAGCCAAAUCGACAACAAUUUUCAAGCAUUGCUCUCUCGAAUAGUCAGCUGGACAAUUAAGAGAACCGACGAAGCAAAAGUCACCCUGACAGCGCGCAAGGGUCGGGUCUAUACCCUGCGCAAACCAAGCUCAUGGUUCCGGAGCCUAUGCGAAGAGCCUCAGGUACGGACCUGGUUGCAGGAGCAGAUCGAGGAUGGAAAUCAUGAUGGCGUUUAUUUUGUUGUCGGUCUGCACACCCUUUUCGAUGCCGCUAUUUCUGGUGGGCUGGCGCUGGCGUCGGAUUUUGGGGGUGGCAUUGCAGUGUCUGCACCUGCAAUGCCAGCAGGCACCGACAAUAUAGCACCACUCCAGGAUCCCGGGCAACUUGCACUGUCGGCAGGACUUGAACGGUCUCGCAAUACAUCCCACAGUUGCACAGCCCCGGGAGAACAGAUAUUCGCACUCCGGCUGAAAAAUGUAAUCCUGCGUACCUGGUCGACGCAGGAUGUUGCCAAUGUGCGUCUGGAGCAACAUAGCCAUUGGAUAAUGGCCUCUGAUAAUCGAGGCUCUGAUGACGACAGCUCCGAGCUGCUAGAGGCUUUUCUAGAGGGCGAUUCAGAAGGAGAUGAUGACAUCAAGGAGGACUCAGCGUUAGAUGACCCCCAUGACUGUCAAGGACAAGUGAUCAAGACCCCUAUACGCGCAAUUGUUACAAGAACAAAGCACUUCUCAAGCAACUGA